CAAUUUUUUGAAGCAUCAAAGCAAAUCAGAGUAUAAAAAACCAAAGCUUUAGUAAAUACAGAGAGAUCAUAAAUCAUAUUUAUAAAGAUGCUGGAUUUGAUCUAAGGGAAAAUGGCAUGUAGCGUGACUGUUCAAACCUACUUUUUGAAAUGCACAUCCACACAAGCUCCACAAGUUGCUGAAACUCUCACACUGCCAUACAGAGCCACUCUAUACAAGUCCAUACAUAGCCCACAUACACACACAGUGAGCAGCCAGGAGUGCAGACGGUGCGCACAGAUGUGGGAACACGUGGUUUCUCCUUGCAGCCCCGCGGGCGCACCACUUCCUCUCACGUUUGGAUUCCUUCACUUUUGGAGUUUCUCUGGUUGCGGCUGCGGGUACAACGGGAGUGCUGAGCUGGACUAGGAUAAACCCCCACCUCUGCAUCUCUCCUCACUGCCAGAUAAAGAAGAAGAAAGUUUUUUUUCUCCUGCUCUUUAAACACCCACUUGCAUUCAACUCAUGCAGCAAACUUUAUUCCUGUUUUGCUGCAGCAGCUGAGGUGUUUCACUCAAGUUACCUGCACUGUAGGAGUUCGUCCUCAGUUUACAGACUCGCGGAUGGAGAUUUGAGUUUUUUGCAGCUUCAUUGAAGAAGUGGAUUUUGGGGGAACCUGCAAAGCCAAAGUGUUGGGCUGAUACCAAAGCGAUGCUGUGGAUGUGACUUCAAACAACAGCGGUAGAGUCCUGAACACCACAAUGAAAGACGACUUUGCUGAUGAGGAGGAGGUGCAGUCCUUUGGCUAUAAGAGGUUUGGAAUCCAGGAGGGGACAGAGUGCACCAAGUGUAAAAAUGACUGGGCCCUGAGGGCGGCUAUUGCUCUGCUGUACGUGCUCUGUGCCCUGCUCACCAUAGCAGUGGCUGUGCUCGGAUACAAAGUGGUCGAGAGGAUGGAUAAUGUCACAGAGGGCAUGCAGAAUUAUGGAGGCAAGAUCGAUGCUGUUGAGACAGACCUAAAGAAGCUGGGUUAUCAGACGGGAGAGAAGUCAGUAAAUGCCACAAGUGCAAUAAAGACUUUUAAGUCAGACCUGGAGGCUUUGCAGCACCAGUUAAAUGAUAUCGCCACCAGAGCGACCAAAAACAGAGACAUGCUUGAUGAGCUGCGGAUUACAGGAGAUGAUAUGCAAAAUGGCCAUGUCUCCCUGCAGAGUUUCCUGCAAGGAAGCGCUGCCUCUCUGCGUGGGGUCAACCAGACGUUGGCCACCUAUGGCAGCAUGAUUGACAACCUCCAGACAGACACUGCAUGGCUCCAGUCAGAGAUACAGACCCAAGUCAAAGAGCAGAGCCAGACCCAGGUCACUGUCAGUGCACUAAACAUCACCCAAGCCCAGCAGCGCAAUCUUCUCAGCACACUACAGAAAACGGUGGAGGACGCAAGCCAGGCAGUGCAGAAACUGAAGAAUGACUACCAGGGUCUGCAGCAGACAGCCAGGCAGGCCAGAGUUGACACAGAGUGGCUAAAAGAGAAGGUCCUGAACCUUCAGGUUUUGGCAGCCAACAACUCCGCUCUGGCUCGAACUAACAGUGAAGCUUUAGAUGACCUUGGGGCUCAGCUCAGCACACUAGCCAGCCAGAUCCAAAACACAUCAGCUCUCACUGAGGGACAUGACCAGUCCCUGAGAGAGAUGAUGGACCACCAAAGAGACCACGAUAACACCACCUCAUCAAAGUUUGAUGAGAUGGAGGCACGGCUAGACAGACAGGAGAACGACAUGGACCGUGUGACUGGAAAUGUUAGCUUUGCCUCUCAGCUGUUAGGGUCCAUCAGCACGGAUUUGAACGGUCUGAGGUCUUGUGCCGAGACCGUGCUGAGGCAUUCGGACCUGUUACUGGGACUGAACAACAGUGUGACCGAGGCCAGAGCAGAGAGCCAGGAUCUGAGAGCCCAGCAGGACGAGCUGACAGCCAGACUGGACAAGGAGGUCAGAAACCUGUCCAUGGUGAUGGAGGAGAUGAAGGUGGUGGACAGCAAACACUCCCAGCUCAUCACCAACUUUACCAUCCUGCAAGGUCCUCCAGGUCCAAGAGGGGCCAAAGGUGACAAGGGUCCCCAGGGCCCUGUCGGCCAGUCAGGCCAAAAAGGUGAUAAAGGAGACAAAGGAGCACUUGGGCCAGUGGGACCUAAAGGGGACAAAGGCGCCAUUGGACCACCAGGUGCACCGGGUCCAAAGGGUGGAGCUGGGGUUCGGGGUCUUCCAGGGGCCAAAGGAUCAAGAGGGUCUGGAGGUCGACCUGGAACCCCAGGUGAAAAAGGAGACCCUGGGGCUCCUGGACUUUCUGGUCUUGAUGGACUUCCAGGAAUGCCAGGUCCAGAAGGACCCCAAGGGCCCAGAGGGGUGCCAGGUCCUGCAGGGGUAGAGGGACCUCGUGGGCCUGUUGGACCUAUCGGCCCGGCCGGUCCUCCUGGGUUACCCGGGUUACCUGCGCCUGUACCUCCUCCACCUUCAAAGGCUCCUCUGCGUCCUCUGCCCACUCAGCCCCCAAAGGUCCCUGUGGAACCCAAACCACCUCAGCCUCCUAAACCAGCAGAUAAUCCACAAGAGUCCACGUCCCCACAGGUCCAGCCCCCUGUUGCCCCAACUCCAGUACCGGGUUGUCCACCUCUGUUCAAAAGGUUUGGAGACAGCUGUUACUACUUCUCCUCUGGCCCUCAAAGACUCAACUUUGAUGAGUCCUUCCAGUUUUGCUCUAAUAUUUCAUCUCAUAUGCUCAUCAUUAAUGACAAUGAGGAACAGACAUUUGUGAGAAAUGCUAUUGCAGGAAAGGGCUACUUCUGGCUGGGUCUGACUGACAGGGAGGAGGAAAAUGUGUGGAAAUGGGUGGAUGGUACCAUACCUGUUUUCAAGAAGUGGAAGCCUGGUCAGCCUGAUAAUUGGACCCAUGGUCAUGAAGAUGGCGAGGACUGUGCUGGCCUGGUCCAUAAUGCCAACUGGAAUGAUUUCUACUGCACAGACCGCAUUGGUUUCAUCUGUGAACGUGCCUCUGUCUUGACACCUCCAGUUUUAUAGCAUCCACUGAAGGCAGAGUGAGCUGUCUCUGGGAGACGAGUGAAAAAGGCUGAAGUUGGAGUAGACAUGCUGCAGGAUGAUGAAGGACACAAAGAGCUCUAAGUGACUGAAGGACUCUGAUAAAGCAUCACUGAGCGUGGACUGAUCUUUGUCUUGAAGGCACUUCACAGCACAGCGUGGUGCAAGAGACAGAGCACUGAGGACAGACUCAGCCCGCUACGUAUUGAUUUAGUAUUGCUACUAAAUAAAACAGAAGAAUGUAGGCAUUUAUUUAGGCUAUACUAAGUCAUUUUGGUGCAGUCGCCGUUGUACAGUUGUAUCUGUAAAUAUUAUUUCACAAAAACAUGUUUCAUUUUGAAUUUAUUAUCAUUUUAUUUCUUGACUGCAUUCUCGUUGGAAACAUUUAUGAAAGUAUCUAUAUCAGAGUUAUGCUGUUCGUGAGUUGGGGCUCUUUCUAUGCCAUUAAAAAACACAACACUGUUUGUAACUGUGGUUCUAAUGAGCUCCUGGGAGAAUGAGCAAAAUGACUGCAAAUUCAGUUAACAGAUCAGAAUAGAGCUUUUGUAAAUUUACUUUUCCACAGAAUGAUAUACCAAUAAAAAAAUAAUUUUAUUAUAUAUACAUUUUUGGAGAAUCAGUGCUCGUAUGAGCUGUGCUGCUGUUUAAUGAAGGACAGUGUUUUUAGCUAUUAGACUGCCAGUAUGACUUUUAUAUAGUAUGAAGCACAUAUUUACAACAUGUACAUUUUUUGGUGAUUUAUUCAGUAUGCCAAAUUACAAUGUGUAAAAUUUGAUACAUUUUUUAUGAUUUGCAUAAUCAAGUGUUAUUGUUGUAUGAUUGACCUCUUACAAUCCCUAUCAUGCUUUAAGGACUGAUUAGCAGUUUGUAAUCUGGCUCGAGUCUUAAUAUGACUGGAUUAAUGAAAUUAACAGGUUCUUAUGGAUCACAAUAAAAAAGGACAGAAACUGUG